GAUCCAGGCAGCCAAGCAUUGGACGUCGGCCGCCAUCAUCCAAUUGCUACAGAAAGUAGAAGAGAUGGAAUUGCCGAAGGACACGAAGGAGAACAUCCAGGGAGCCAUCGAAAAGUGCCAGGCGAACGAGGGUAACCACCUCAAGCUGACCACAGCAGGCCAAAAAAUCCAGCAUGUCCCAACCUACCUCACCCAGGCCGAGUGGACACUUCUGGAAUCCAGCCAGUCCAAAGACGACAUGAUGCAGGUCAUGGCCAAGAGGCUCAGAAGCAUGGGUCUGACCUCGCUGAAAGAGGCGACCAUCCACCAGGUGCUGGCCACCCUGCUGUACGUCCAACACAGCCAAGGCAGGAAGGAGCUGCACCCCAGAUCCGUCCAUGCCAUGGUCGAGGACUUCAUCGCCAUUUUCCAUGGCACACCGAAGACCACAACGACUGGAUUGGCCAACUAUCCGGAAAAUCCCAAGCAAAAUGGCGAAGCCUGGUUGGCCCAGGCUUACGGUGACAGUGCAGCUCCAGCCUGUCGUGCUCUGCCACUGCAUGCAUGGAUGAAAAAGGCACCAGUGCAGACUUCCGUGGUCUCCAUGGAGCAAGAAGGCACCCAAGCACCCCUGCAGUCUGCCACGGCCCAAACCUCCUCAAAGCAGCCUGCAAGUACCCAGCCAAAGACUUUGCAGGAUUUCGAGGACCAGGCUUUCCAGGCACUCAAGCAGAAGAAGCAGGAUGACUCCAAAGCCAAGCCCAAGGCAAAGGCCGGAGCUAAGGCCAAGGCAAAGGCCAAAGCUAAGGCCAAGGCUAAAGCCAAGGCCAAGGCCCAGCCUAAGGCCAAGGCCACUGCCAAGACGAAGGCGACCCCGAAGGCAACGGCCAAGAGCCCUGCUACCAAAACAAAGUCGCCCAUGCCCGUGUACGGGUGCCCCAAGUGCCGUGGCAACCCAAACGGCUGUGCCCAAUGCCUGAACCCAAAUUACACGGGUCUGCGAUUGCCAGGCCGGCAGGCAUACCGGGACCACAUGGCCAAGCAGAAAGCCCUGCGAGCCAGCUUGCCAAGCCAUUCACAAAGUGCAUUGGCGGCUUUCGUCCAGGCGACGAAAGACCAUGGCCUGCCCGAAGCCAGUUCAUCUAACGACCAGCGAAAGGCCAGGCGAGAGCUUCUUGACAGCUGCCACGGUGGCCCGAUGGGACCCUUGAUCCAAGAAGCAGAAUUGACGACCAUGGAUGGGUCCCCAGUGAGGAUCCAUUUUGCGAACCUUCUGGUGUACAUCAGCAGUCUUUUCUCCAUGGGUGGCAGCUUCCAUGAGUUGCUCUACAGGACACACCAAUCCAAUCCAUCAUCCAUGACGAAACCUUGGAACCUCAUGGUGUACUCAGAUGAAAUCAUCCCUGGGAACGUGUUGGGACGAGCUGAAAGAAAACUCUGGGCCAUAUAUGCCACCUUCCACGAGCUAGGCCACUUCUUAAGCCACGAAGAUGUUUGGCUGACCAUCUCGUUAGAAAGAUCCAACUUCGUGAGCCAGCUCGACGGAGGAAUCUGCCAGAUCAUGUCCACAGUCCUGUCCGCCAUUUUUUGCAGCGACCACAGCGAGCCACAAGGUGGGUUCCUGCUGAAGGGACCCAGUGGCCACAAUGUUCGUCUCCAUUUCCACUGGGGCAUUUGCUUGGCGGAUGGUGCUGCCCAUAAGAAGAUAUGGUCCAGCAAGGGAGAUGGAGGCAGCAAAUUCUGCCUCCUUUGUGCCAACGUCCAUGCAAGACCAGCCACUGCAGGCCAGGAUGAUGACAUUCUUGACCAUGGCACCAUGAAGUACCAGGACCUCAUCUUGACCACGGACCAAGAAGUCCUGCAAUCCUACCAAAGGCUGGACCAGCGACAAAAAGCAGGCAUGAGCAAGGCCCAGUUUGCCAUAUGGCAACAGGCCACAGGCUGGACAUGGAAUCCCCAUGCCCUUAUGCUCAACACAGGCCUUUUGGCCAAAGGCCUGGUGCGACCAGUGUCCCAAUUUUGCCAUGACUGGAUGCACGGAAUUCUCCAGGGCACAGCACCCGUGGUGCUAUAUCACACCAUGCAGGCCAUUGCCACGGAAGGUUUCGAUAUUUGGUCCAGCAUGGAGACCUAUCUGCCACUCUGGAGCUUUCCAGGUGCCUGGAAAGCAGGCCAUUUGGCCACUUUAUUUGGCAGCAAGCACGUCGCCAAGUACAAAAGCAGCCAGAAAUUUUCCAGCCAAGCCUCGGACUUGCUGGGAAUCUUUCCAGUGCUGCGGCAUUUUCUCUACACCAUCGUGUUGCCAGCUGGAAGCUGCCCAAAGGCGUGCCAAGCCUUCCUGGCUCAGGCGAACCUCCUCGACAUGGUACACCAAGGCACCAUGUUUGGAGCUACUACCCGGGCCAAGCUUUUGGAGGCUGCAGAGACUGCCAUGGAGUGCUUCCACUGUGCGGAGUUCCAAGUGCCUCUCAUGAAGAAGUGGCACUGGCUUCUGCACAUGCCAGAUUUCCUCCAAAAGCAUGGGACGGGUGGCACCAUUCACUGCAACGACGUGGUGGUCUUCCACCACGAGGACGGACUUUGGGAACUGGGCCAAGUCUGGUUCCAUCUGGACAUGGGACUGCAGAAGGUUGCACUGCUUCAACGUUGGAUUCCCACAGUGGACAAAGAUUCGCAUUCUGCCAAGUGCUCCAUCAGCAAUGACCAAGGUUUCGUUCCCAUCGAGUCCAUCCAGUACCCACUGGUGUAUAGCAAGGUCUCAGACCAAGAGGCCACCGUGCUGAUCCCGUACCAGCUAUACAGCAGGCUCUGA